GUCUGUGGCCAAUAAGCGAUCACAUUAAAAUAUCAGGUGAUGACCUAUGUUCAAAAUAUUAUUUAAUUUUUUUUGUAGUUUAAUUUUGUGUUUGUACUAAAUUGUUAGCUAAUAAUAUUUAUAAAUUUGAAUAAUUGUUGAGUAAUUAUAGUUAAUAAUAAAAAAUGGAGAUAACUUCCAACUUGGUGAAAGUACAUUUAGCCAAUUAUUUAUCUAACCUACCAUUGCCAAAUUCAUUUGUUGGUAUUUUUAAAUUAGGCAUCACUGAUAUUGUAAAGCUAAUCCCAUUUUAUGCCACAAUCGGGGGCGUGUGUUACGUCUCCUAUAGAUUCAUUCGACCAAGAAAUCCUGUUAACCCAGCAAUAAAAAAGGAAUCUCCUAAAGUUGUCGAUGGCUUUGACAUUGAAGAACUAGGGGAUAGUACUGCAUUUUGUCGCUGUUGGCGUAGUUCUAAAUUCCCUUAUUGUGAUGGUGCCCACGCUAAGUACAAUAUUAUGCAUCAAGACAAUGUUGGACCGUUAUUAAUAAAAAAGAAGUAAAUUUGGUUUUCUGUUAUUAGUACUUGUUACUAAAUCAUGUACCAUCUUUUUAGUUUGUUACUUAGCUUAGUUCUAAACAGUUUUUUUCGAUACAGUUAAAAAAAAAAAUUGUUAAUUUUGCAUUUACUUAUGUAUAUUUCUUUAUAAAAAUAAUCAAACAAUUAUUCAUGUUGAA